AUGUGGCUCAUGGCGGAAACCUCGGCACAACGUGAAGAGCAAGCUCACCAACAAUACAAGUCGACACGUGCCGAUGUUCAAAGAGUUAUCUGCUCUGCUCUGCCUAACCUUGAGGUUAUUGUUUGGCACCUCUCGAUACACUUAAAGCCUGAUUUCGAGCUUCGCGAUAUUCUCGCCAAUUGCGGUACUUUCUCGCAUCUCGAGACGUUGGUCAUCCAGCCUCUCCCCGAGUUCAAGGAAUAUGCAGAAUUCAUCGCGGGUUUUAUUGCAAGGCACGAAACGGUAAAGAAGCUAUAUGUAUCAGAAGAUGCGCAUGCGCAUGACUCAACGGCGCACCUUGACGCGUGUGUCAUCCCGCUGUUCUCUACUGGAAGAUUUGAGCACCUUAGGACUCUCUCCUUGACAUGGGGUGGACCGGAUUAUCAUACCGUUUCCAUACCAGUGGCCUCACUAACAGCUAUUGCGUGUCUCGCGUCUCUUGAAGAGCUAAGCCUUGGUGUGGGAACCAAAAGCGGAGUGUAUUGUCGUUGGCUGGUUGAUCACGACCAGUUACGCGAUGUCUUCUUCAAGCUGAAGAAGUUAAAGGGGCUUGCUCUCCAGCAUGAUACAUACCCCUGGGAAAUUCUCUCCUCUUCCGAAAAUUCCGAUAGAUUUUAUGGCACCCAGUCGUUUACGGAUGACGAAAUGUCCGACAUGUUGGCUAGACCCGAUCUUGACGAAACCCCGGGGGAUCUGACCCGUCUCUGGAAUAGAAAAAGUCCCGAGAGGGGGGUUUUGUUGUGGGAGGUCCUUCAUCGCAAUCGGAUGCUUACGCUGACCGAGGCCUGGGCCGCCGCAUUUCCUAACCUCGAGUGGACUUACUUCGGUCAAUGGUUUAUGGGCGUUAAGGAGGAGCUGGGGGAUCCGACUCGGAAGAAGGUGGUGCCGCUGACGGAGACGAGAGACGAGCAUUGUCGUUGCCAGUUCCUCGUAGAUACGUUCACUAUAGCGGGGUUUGAGAAGUGA